AUGGGUGGCUUUAUGUUCACUGCCCGAAUGCUGCUGCUCACAGGAGUGAGAAUCCUGCCCAAAGCAAGUGGAAAACCCAGCACCCAGCACCCACACCACAACUUUCACAGGAGCCGUGAGGACAGUGAAGCUCCUGGUUCUGCUGAAGCUACAGAAAACAAGAAACAGAGAUUUGAGUACUUCAUCCAGAAUGGCAUUGGUGAGCACGUGGCCCCUAUGGAUGACUCACAGCUGGAGAAUAUCCUGAAACUUGUUCCCUGCCACCUGAAGAGUUCCGCUACAACAAUUGAGCAGCUGUCUGAUGAGAUAAGGGAUGACUACUUAUUCAGUGUCAAGAAGUCUGUGGUGGAUUUUGUGUUCAGGGACUCAAGAAAAAGUGAUGAGGACUCGAAAGAGCUGCCCCCCCACAGAGCUGAAUUGAUGGUGUUGCCACAACUGUGGAACAAGUCCUUUGCCCGUGCCCAAAGGAGGAUGAGAAAUAACCUUCAUGCCAUCAACCCUGCUAUGCUGCAGGUUCUGGACCUCUGGCAUGUCUCUUUCAAGAAGCUGCGUUUGAUUGAUGUGGAGGAGUUCCACUCCAGAGAGGAGCCCAUAGAACUCUCAGCCUUCCAGCGUAUUGUCACAAUCCAUAUUCAUAAAGCCAGUAGCAUUCUUUAUAACAAAUGGCUUCCUGAGGUGCAGAGCAUUUACCAGAGAGGCAAGCGCAAGCUGGUGCCCAGCAACAGUAACAUGACCAGGUUACAGUCCUUCUUCAACUGUGUGGCUGCCCUGAUGACCUCCCAGCUGCAGAGCCUGGCACUAGACUCCAUGAGGGACUACACACACCUCAUUUCCCAAGGCUCUUCCAUACAAGCCUAUGAUCAUCCAGGCUUUGUACUGAAUCUGAUGUUGGAGGACAGGGAGAUCAACUUUGAGCCUAGCUUCAAGACGUUUGAGAUGGUCCUCCUUCAGGUCUACGACCAGAUGCUCACCCUUAUCAGUGUGAUGCCUCGUCUAGAAACCAUGCUCUAUUCUGAAUGGCAGGGCAACCGGGCUAGGGUCACCCUGAGGCCCAUCAUCCUGCCAGAGAUCCUGCAAGCCCAGCGGGAGGAGGUGUGCAGGGUAAUCUGGGCUGAGAGUGUCAGGCCCUCAGAGCAUGUGCGCCAGUAUGAUAAGUACGCCAUGCUGGUGUCCAAGCAGGCGGAGGAAGAUGUGGAGCAGUUCCUCCAAGAGCAGCAUUCCUUUCAGGAGAUCAUGGUAGAGGUGAUUCGCUACCAGCAGCUGGCUAAACAGAUUCAGUCCACCUCAUGCAAGGUGGAGCAUUUUGGAAUGUUUACAGUUCAUGCCCAUGGGCUGAUCUGCUCUCUUGUCAAGCGUGCUGAGGGGCUACAACAAAAGCUGGUCACACGGAUGCUGCAGGAACAUCAGGAAAUCAACAAGAAGCUCUCUGAUGAAUUUGAGAGAAUUGCACAGAAGGCACUGAGCACACCACCUGACACACAACAACUUAUGGAACUCAAGGCAUAUGUCAACACAGUUGAGACCACAGAGAUGCCUCUGCUGGAGCAGAGACUGAGGGACUUGAACAGCCAGCUGUGGCUCCUGAUGGAGUACAUCAUGCUGUCUCCAGAGGACAUGGAGCUCAACAAUCAGACUAUCCUGUGGUAUUCACGUAUGCCCUCCAUCUUUGAAAAACACAGAGAAAUCAUCAAAGACAAGACCGAGCAGUACCAGAGUAGCCUCAAGCUGCGCUGCACAUGCUUUGUGGAGGUGCUGGAGAGCUACAGCACACAGGCAGAGGAGUUUUCCACCUUUGGCAACCUAGCAGAUCUUGACAAAUACUUGACGAAAGCCCAGGCCCUCAAUGCCAAACUGGAGUCAGCCAUGGAAAAGAUUGAUGGUUUUAACCAAGAGGAGGAGGCCUUUGGGUGGCCUGUGUCCCAGUACCCACAGCAUAAGAAGGUCCAGGAUAAGCUCAUGCCCUUCCUGCGCCUCUACGAGACAGCCUCUGACUUCCAGAAACAGCACCAGCAGUGGGUACAUGGGCCACUAUCUAGUGUCGACCCAGACAAGGUAGAGGGGGAUGUUGGCAACUUCUGGCGUGCUCUCUACAAGCUAGAGAAAGGCUUCUCAGAUACCCCCAAUGCCCUGAGCAUUGCCACCAGUGUGAAGGCUGAGUUGGAGACUUUCAAAGAACACAUUCCUCUCGUGCAGGUGUUGUGCAACCCUGGCCUGCGUGACCGUCACUGGGAUGCCAUGUCAGCAGUAGCUGGCUUUUCCCUGCAGCCCUCUGAUGACCAGGCCUGUGUGGCACAUUUCCUGCCCUUGCAGCUAGAACAACACCUGAGCAGCUUUGAGGGCAUCAGUGAAGCUGCUAGCAAGGAGUACUCACUGGAAAAGGCCAUGGAGAAAAUGGCUGGUGAAUGGGACAACAUGGAGUUCAAUCUGUUGUCCUACCGAGACACAGGUACCUCCAUCCUGUCAUGCGUGGAUGAGGUGCAGAUGCUGUUGGACGAUCACAUUGUGAAGACACAGACCAUGAGGGGCUCACCCUUUAUCAAACCUUUCGAGGUAGAAAUACGAGAGUGGGAGGGAAAAUUGCUGCUCCUCCAAGAGAUCCUGGAUGAGUGGCUGAAGGUACAAUCCACCUGGUUGCACUUGGAGCCCAUCUUCAGCUCCCCAGACAUCAUGACUCAGAUGCCUACGGAGGGAAGUCGCUUCACUGCUGUUGACAAGACUUGGAGGGACACAAUGAAGCAAGUAUCCCUGGACAAGCAUGUUCUAGCUGUAGUGGCCAUCGACAAGAUGCUGGAGAAGCUAAAAACAUCCAAUGAACUUCUCGAGAUGAUUCUCAAAGGUCUCAAUAACUACCUGGAGAGGAAGCGCCUCUACUUCCCGCGGUUUUUCUUCCUGUCCAAUGACGAACUGCUGGAAAUUAUUUCUGAGACCAAAGACCCCACCAGGGUGCAGUCCCAUCUUAAGAAGUGUUUUGAGGGCAUUGCUAGUGUGGUGUUCACUGAUGUGUUGGACAUCACCCACAUGAAGAGCAGUGAGGGUGAGGUGGUGCAGUUACUAGAUAUCAUCUCUACCUCCAAGGCCAGAGGCCAAGUGGAGAAGUGGCUUCUAGAGCUGGAGAAGGGCAUGACUGUUUCCUUGCAUAAGAUAAUUGGAGAGGCAAUUGAAGCAUACCCCAAGGACCUCAGGAUCAACUGGGUGCGUGCUUGGCCAGGCCAGAUUGUGUUGUGUGUGUCACAGGUUUACUGGACAAAGGAUAUCCAUGAAGCCAUCAGCUCAGGAAAAAAGGCCCUAGAAUCCUAUCUGCAGCAGAACAACAGACAAAUUGAUGACAUUGUGACACUUGUGCGUGGCAAGCUGUCUAAGCAGAACCGGGUAACCCUGGGUGCCUUGGUGGUGUUGGACGUCCAUGCCAGGGAUGUGUUGGCUACACUGGUGCAAAAGGGCAUAAGUGAUGAGAAUGACUUUGAGUGGCUCAGUCAACUGCGCUACUAUUGGGUGGAGAAUCACCUCCAGACUAAGAUGAUCAAUGCUGGCUUGGCCUAUGGUUAUGAGUAUCUAGGGAACACUCCAAGGCUGGUCAUUACUCCACUCACUGACCGCUGCUACCGCACUCUGUUUGGGGCUCUCCAUCUGCAUUUGGGAGGGGCCCCUGAAGGCCCAGCAGGUACAGGGAAGACAGAGACAACCAAGGAUUUGGCUAAGGCUGUGGCUAAACAGUGUGUGGUUUUCAAUUGUUCCGAUGGUCUGGACUACAUCGCUCUGGGAAAGUUCUUUAAGGGCCUUUUGUCCUGUGGAGCCUGGGCCUGCUUUGAUGAGUUCAACCGCAUUGACCUGGAAGUGCUGUCUGUGGUGGCUCAACAGAUUCUCACCAUACAGAGAGGCAUCGCUACCCAUGCUGAGACGCUAAUGUUUGAAGGCACAGAGCUAAAACUGGACCCCUCCUGCGCUGUCUUCAUCACCAUGAAUCCUGGUUAUGCUGGACGCUCUGAGCUACCUGACAACCUCAAGGCUCUGUUCAGGACUGUGGCUAUGAUGGUGCCGGACUACGCCAUGAUCGCAGAGAUUGUGCUCUACUCGUGUGGCUUUGUGACCGCACGCCCCCUCUCGGUGAAGAUUGUGGCUACCUACCGACUGUGUUCAGAGCAGCUGUCCUCACAGCAUCACUAUGAUUAUGGUAUGAGGGCUGUCAAGUCUGUGCUGACUGCUGCUGGAAACCUCAAGCUGAAUUUUCCGGAGGAGAAUGAAGACAUCCUGUUGCUGAGGUCAAUUGUUGAUGUCAAUCUGCCCAAGUUCCUGGCGCAUGAUCUGCCACUCUUUGAGGGCAUCACCUCUGACCUUUUCCCAGGGGUCAAGCUGCCAAAACCAGAUUACGUCAUUUUGCUGGAGGCCAUCAAGGAAAACAGCAAGCGCAUGAACCUGCAGGUUACUGACUUCUUUGCAGAGAAAAUCCUGCAGAUCUUUGAGAUGAUGAUUGUGAGGCAUGGCUUCAUGCUGGUGGGUGAGCCCUUUGGAGGGAAGACCAGUGCCUACCAUGUCCUGGCAGCAGCGUUGCACGACAUCUGGGAAAAGGGGCUGAUGGAUGAGAACCGAGUGCAAAUCACAGUCAUCAACCCCAAGUCCAUCACCAUGGGCCAGCUUUAUGGACAGUUUGACCCCGUAUCUCAUGAAUGGUCAGAUGGCAUCCUUGCUGUUAGCUAUAGAGCCUUUGCCACCUCACAGAGCGCAGACAGGAAAUGGCUGAUCUUUGAUGGCCCAGUGGAUGCAGUGUGGAUCGAGAACAUGAACACAGUACUGGAUGACAACAAGAAGCUCUGUUUGAUGAGUGGCGAGAUCAUUCAGAUGUCCCCACAAAUGAACCUUAUCUUCGAGCCCAUGGAUCUGGAGGUGGCCUCACCAGCCACGGUGUCUCGCUGUGGUAUGAUCUACAUGGAGCCCCACAUGCUGGGCUGGCGACCUCUUAUGCAGUCCUGGCUCAAUACUCUGCCCAAUACAAUCAGCACUAUACACAAGGACCUCAUCACCAGCCUCUUUGACCGCAUACUGCCUGCCUGCUUACAACUCAUUCGGAAGGCCACCAAGGAGCUGUCUCCAACCUCUGACACCAACCUAGUCAAGUCCCUGAUGAACCUGAUGGACAGCAUGAUAGAUGAGUUCUAUGAUGAGGCCAAGAUUAAGAGCAUGAAUGAGAGGGAUAUUUGCUCCUGGCUGGAGGGCAUUUUUGUCUUCUGCCUGGUGUGGUCAGUGGGUGGCAGCUGUGAUGAGGCGGGUCGGGUCAAGUUUGAUGCCGUGGUCAGAGAGAUACUGAAUGGGCCCUUGAGUGAAGAGACCCGGGUCCAACAUGGCAUCCUGACUACAGUAGAGCCUCCACCCAAACAGCUGACUGUGCCCCUGCCCACUGUGGGGACACUCUACCAGUAUCGCUUCAUUAAAGAGGGCCCAGGCAGGUGGGAGCUGUGGACAGAUGAGCUGAAGAUUGCAUCCCCUAUACAUAAGGACAUGCAAUUUAACGAAAUCAUCGUACCCACAGAAGACACAGUACGCUACACAGCACUAAUGGAGCUGCUCGUCACCCAUGAGAAGCCCACCAUCUUCAUUGGUCCCACCGGUACUGGCAAGAGUGUUCUCAUCAGAGACUUCCUUUUGAAUAAGCUGCAGAAAGAUGUGUACAGCCCAUUAUUCAUCAACUUUUCAGCCCAGACCACAGCUGCCCAGACGCAAAAUAUCAUUAUGUCUAAGCUAGAUAAGAGACGCAAAGGAGUCUUCGGUCCUCCACUGGGAAAGAAAAUGGUGUUGUUUGUGGAUGAUGUGAAUAUGCCGGCCAGGGAGACUUAUGGUGCCCAGCCCCCUGUGGAGCUUCUUCGCCAGUGGCUGGACCACCGGAACUGGUAUGACAUGAAGGAUUGCUCCAUGAUCAGUCUGGCGGACAUCCAGAUCAUGUGUGCUAUGGGACCGCCUGGUGGGGGCAGGAACCCUAUAACGCCUCGCUUCCUGCGCCAUUUCAACAUGAUUACCGUUAAUGAAUUUGAUGAAAAGACCAUGUACACAAUCUUCUCCAGGAUCAUGGACUGGCAUUUCACCAGACGGUUUGAUUUCCCUGAACCUUUUGCAUGCCUGACAUCGCAAAUCAUUGAUGGCACCAUGUCAGUGUACCAAGAGGCCACCAAAAAUCUGCUGCCAACCCCUGCAAAGUCCCACUACCUCUUCAAUCUGCGUGAUUUCUCUCGUGUCAUCCAAGGUGUCUGCCUUUCACGGCCAGACACUGCCAAUGAGCCGUCUGUCAUUAAACGACUCUGGGUCCAUGAGGUCAUGAGGGUAUACUAUGACCGCCUGGUCCACAACUCAGACCAGGCCUGGCUGGUGAACCAUUUGCAGGUGGUGACACAGAGUCACCUGAGGGAAGACUUCCAUCAGCUCUUUCAGCAUCUAGACCAAGACCAAGAUGGGAAAGUCACUGAGGAUGACCUGCGCAGCCUCAUGUUCUGUGACUUCCAUGACCCACAGGGUGAAGAUCGCAGUUACCGUGAGGUACACAACCUGGACCAGCUCCAACAGGUGGUAGAGUCACACCUGGAAGAGUUCAACAACAUCAGCAAAGCACCCAUGAAGCUGGUGCUGUUCCGCUUCGCUAUUGAGCAUGUCUGCCGAAUUUCCCGCAUCCUCAAACAGCCGGGGGGCCAUGCCCUCCUGGUGGGGGUAGGCGGGAGUGGGCGACAGUCUCUCACACGGUUGGCCGCUCACAUGGCAGAGGCAGAGCUUUUCCAGGUGGAGAUAUCCAAGAGCUAUGGGACCACUGAGUGGCGCGAUGACCUGAAGUUGAUCUUGAAGAAGUCCACGCAGGGUGACAUGCAUGGAGUCUUCCUCUUUACUGACACACAAAUCAAGAUGGAGUCAUUCCUGGAAGAUGUUAGCAACCUGCUCAACACUGGGGAGGUGCCUAACUUGUUUGCUGUUGAUGAGAAGCAGGAGAUAUGUGAACGAAUGCGUGUGUUAGAUCGACAGCGAGAACGUGACCAGCAGACAGACGGCAGCUCCUUGGCCCUCUUCAACAUGUUCAUUGAGCGCUGUCGCACCCAGCUGCACGUGGUGGUGGCCAUGAGCCCCAUUGGAGACACAUUUAGAAACCGCUUGAGACGUUUCCCUGCCCUCAUUAACUGCUGCACCAUUGAUUGGUUCCAGAGUUGGCCUGCGGACGCUCUUCAAGCAGUGGCUUUUCGCUUCCUGGAGGACAUUGAAAUGACAGAUGAGACCCGUGCGGGCUGCAUCAGCAUGUGCAAGAGUUUCCACACCUCAACCAUCAAGCUGUCAGCACGCUUUUUGGAUGAGCUUCAGCGGUUCAACUAUGUCACCCCCACCUCCUACUUGGAACUCAUUUCCACCUUCAAGACCCUACUGACGAAAAAGAGAGCUGAGGUGAUGAAGCUGAAGCGCCGCUAUGAGGUGGGCCUGGAGAAGCUGGAGUCAGCUGAAGACCAGGUAGCCACAAUGCAAGUGGAGCUAGAAGCUCUACAGCCACAGCUAGUCGCGGCCAGCAAGGAAGUGGACGAGAUGAUGGUGGUGAUAGAGCAUGAGUCUGUGGAGGUGGCUGAGACAGAGAAGGUGGUGAAGGAAGAUGAGGCUGUGGCUAACGAGCAGGCAACGGCCGCUAAGGUGAUCAAGGAUGAGUGUGAUGCUGACCUGGCAAUAGCAAUGCCCAUCCUGGAGUCAGCCUUGGCUGCACUGGAUACACUUACCACACAGGACAUCAGAGUGGUCAAGUCCAUGAAAAGUCCACCCACAGCUGUCAAGCUGGUAAUGGAGGCAAUCUGCAUUCUCAAAGACAUCAAGCCCGAUCGUAUACCUGACCCAUCAGGCUCUGGUAAGAAGGUGAAGGACUUCUGGGGCCCCGCCAAGAAGCUCUUAGGAGACAUGAAGUUCCUCCAGAGCCUCCAUGAGUACGACAAGGACAAUAUCCCACCCAGUCUCAUUUCUGUCAUCCGCAACAAUUACGUCACCAACCCAGACUUUGUUCCAGAGAAGAUUCGAACUGCAUCCACUGCUGCUGAGGGCCUGUGUAAGUGGGUGCUUGCCAUGGACUCCUAUGACAAAGUGGCCAAGGUGGUGGCUCCUAAGAAGGAAAAGCUGGCUCAGGCAGAGGGGGAACUAAAGGUGGCCAUGGAGAGCCUACACAUAAAGCAAGCUGCCCUUAAAGAGGUCCAGGAUAAACUAGCAAAGCUUCAGGAGACCUUGGACGCUAACAAAAACAAGAAGGCUGACUUGGAGAAUCAGGUGGAUCUGUGCAGUAAGAAGCUGGAGCGAGCUGAGCAGCUGAUUGGAGGCCUUGGCGGAGAGAAAACACGCUGGAGCGAAGCGGCAUUCAACCUUGGAGAGCUCUACAACAACCUGACUGGGGACAUCCUCAUCUCAGCAGGCAUAGUGGCCUACCUGGGAGCCUUCACCUCCAGCUACAGACAGUGUCAAACAGAGGAGUGGAUAGAGCUAUGUAAGAGCACACAGAUCCCCUGCUCCUCCAACAUGUCUCUGAUGAACUCUCUCGGAGAGCCGACAAAGAUCCGUUCAUGGACUAUCGCGGGCCUGCCUUCAGACAGCUUCUCCAUUGACAAUGGUAUCAUCAUCUCUAAUGCUAGGCGGUGGCCCCUGAUGAUCGACCCUCAGGGCCAGGCCAACAAGUGGGUAAAAAACAUGGAGAAGGCCAAUAGCCUGCAUAUCAUCAAGCUGACUGAUGCCAACUUUGUACGCACACUGGAGAACUGCAUCCAGUUUGGCACACCAGUGCUGUUGGAGAACAUUGGUGAGGAGCUGGACCCCAUCCUGGAGCCUCUGCUGCUGAAACAGACCUUUAAACAAGGUGGUUCCAUGUGCAUACGCCUGGGAGACUCCACCAUUGAAUAUGCCCCUGACUUCCGCUUCUACAUUACUACCAAACUACGCAACCCCCACUACCUGCCAGAGACCUCUGUCAAGGUGACCCUGUUGAACUUCAUGAUCACCCUAGAGGGCAUGCAGGAUCAACUGCUGGGUAUUGUGGUGGCACGAGAGAGGCCCGACCUGGAGGAGGAGAAACAGGCACUCAUCCUGCAGGGAGCAGAGAAUAAGAGACAACUGAAGGAGAUCGAGGACAAGAUCCUGGAGGUGCUCUCCUCCUCUGAGGAUAACAUUUUGGAGGAUGAGACGGCCGUAAAGAUGCUCUCCUCCUCCAAGAUACUUGCCAAUGAAAUCUCAAGGAAGCAGGCCAUCGCUGAGGUAACAGAGGUGAAGAUUGAUGAGACCCGCAUGGGCUACACACCUAUUGCCGUCCACUCAGCCAUCCUGUUCUUCUCCAUUGCUGACCUGGCUAACAUUGAGCCCAUGUACCAGUACUCCCUCACCUGGUUUAUCAACCUCUUCAUCAGCUCCAUUGACAACUCCGACAAGAGCGAUGUCCUGGAGCAGAGACUGCAAAUCUUGAGAGACCACUUCACCUACUUACUCUAUGUCAAUGUGUGUCGCUCACUAUUUGAGAAGGACAAGCUGCUCUUUUCAUUCUGCCUCAGUGUCAAUCUGCUCAUGCACAACAAACUGGUGGAUGAGGGGGAGUGGCGCUUCCUGCUGACAGGUGGUGUGGGUCUGGACAACCCCCAUUCCAAUCCCUUCACCUGGCUCCCCAAGAAGUCCUGGGAUGAGUUCUGCCGCCUGGAUCAGAUGGAACGUUUCAAAGGUCUACGUCAUGACAUGGUUCGCCGUAAAAAUGAGUGGAAGGUGGUCUACGACAGCCCUAGCCCCCACCAGACUCCCUUCCCUGUCGGGUGGCAGGAUAAGCUGGGCCAGUUUCAGAAGAUGCUUGUGAUUCGCUGUCUCAGACCAGACAAGAUAAUUCCCAUGGUGCAGGAGUUUGUGUCAGACAACUUGGGUCGUCCCUUUAUCGAGGUUCCACCUUUCAACCUUGGCAAGGCCUUCAUGGAUAGCCACUGCUGUGCUCCCCUCAUAUUUAUCCUCUCCCCUGGCUCAGAUCCCAUGGCUGCUUUGCUCAAGUUCGGAGAUGAAAAGGGUUUCAGUGGUAACAAGCUGACUUCCCUCUCUCUGGGCCAAGGCCAGGGACCAAUUGCUAUGGAGAUGAUUAAGACAGGCAUUAAGGAAGGUACCUGGGUGGUCCUACAGAACUGCCACUUGGCCACCUCCUGGAUGUCCACACUGGAGAGAAUCUGUGAGGAGCUGGACCCAGACACUACACACCCAGACUUCAGGCUGUGGUUGACUAGCUACCCGUCUCCCACCUUCCCUGUGACUGUGCUCCAGAAUGGGGUCAAGAUAACCAACGAGGCCCCAAAGGGCCUCCGAGCCAACAUUGCGCGUUCCUUCCUAAUGGACCCCAUCUCUGACCCUGAGUUCUUUGGCAGCUGCAGCAAGUCGGCUGUGUUCAAGAAACUGCUAUAUGGCCUGUGCUUCUUCCAUGCUCUAAUCCAAGAGAGGAGGAAGUUUGGACCUUUGGGCUGGAACAUUCCCUAUGAGUUCAAUGAGACUGACCUCCGCAUCUCUGUGCAGCAGCUACACAUGUUCCUCGAACAGUACCAGGAUGUACCCUUUGAUGCCCUCCGCUAUAUGACUGGUGAAUGUAACUAUGGAGGGCGUGUGACAGAUGACUGGGAUAGACGGACGCUGCGCACCAUCCUCUCAAUCUUUUACACCCCAAAGAUCAUUGAUGACUCCGACUACAAGUUUGACCCCAGUGGGCUUUACUAUGCACCAGCAGAUGGUGAUUACAACAGCUACAUAGAAUACACCAAGUUGCUGCCACUCAACCCAUCACCGGAGAUUUUCGGCAUGAACGCCAACGCAGAUAUCACCAAGGAUCAGACUGAGACCCAACUACUGUUCGACAGCAUCUUGCUCACACAGUCCCGUUCUUCAGGCGGAGAUGCCAAAUUCUCAGAUGACAUGGUCUUUGAUGUGGCUGCUGACAUCCUGAGCAAGCUGCCUGCAGACUUUGAUUUGGAGGCAGUGAUGACACGCUUCCCUACCAGCUACAAUCAGAGCAUGAACACGGUGCUGGUGCAGGAGAUGGGACGCUUCAACAACCUCCUCCGGACCAUCCGAGAUUCCAGUGUUAACCUUCAGAGGGCCAUAAAGGGGCUGGCUGUGAUGUCUGCAGAGCUGGAGGAAGUAGUCAGCAGCAUCCUGAAGGGUCGCAUCCCUGGCAUGUGGAUGAAGAAGUCAUACCCCAGCCUCAAACCCCUAGGAAGCUACGUCAACGACUUCCUGGAGCGACUCAACUUUUUACAGGUUUGGUAUGAGGAGGGCACUCCAGCUGUUUUCUGGAUGUCAGGAUUCUUCUUCACCCAGGCCUUCCUGACUGGCGCGCAGCAGAACUACGCCAGAAAGCACACCAUCCCUAUCGACUUGCUGGGCUUUGACUUCGAGGUGCUGCAUGACAAGAAGUACAAAGAGCCGCCUGAGGAUGGAGUGUACAUUCGUGGGCUCUUCCUUGACGGUGCCCGUUGGGACAGAAACACCAAAGUCCUUGCUGAAUCCCACCCUAAAAUGCUGCACGACACCAUGCCUGUGAUGUGGCUGAAGCCAAUCAAGCAACAGGACAUCCCGCAGAGGAUGUGCUAUGUGGCGCCUGUCUACAAGACCAGCGAGCGCCGCGGCACCCUGUCCACCACCGGUCACUCCACCAACUACGUCAUCGCCAUGAAGCUCAACUCCAGCGUGCCCGCCGAGCACUGGAUCAGGAGAGGGGUAGCACUGCUCUGCCAACUCAGUUCCUAG